AUGGCCAUGUCUUCGUUCGCCGGCGUAUCUGUCGUCGGAGGCGGCGGCAGUCCGCCGCAAGAUGCCUCGGCCACCAUGCCCGUCAAGUACAGUGGGUACCACCUGCUAGUUGUCAAUGGGUACUCGCGCAUCAAGGACCGCCCCAAUGGCAGCAAGUGCAUUAUUGCAUCUCGCCAUUUCAGAGUCGGAGGCUACCGCUGGGUUAUCGAGUGCUACCCCAAUGGCUACGAAUCAGGCCAUGACGGCAAGCUAACCUUUUAUCUCGUCCUUGGUCAAGGUAAUGUUGUGGAUCCUGUGAUGGCGCAGUAUGAGUUCAGCUUCGUCGUUGAUCAGGCUCACAACAGCGACUCGCCCCAGCCGCAGCUGGCACCAGCAUCAGCAAACCGAACAGAGCUUGAUAUUGAACAGGAUAUCUCUGGCCUCCUUAAGUCCGGCGUGGGCGCCGAUGUGACGUUUCAGGUCGGCAAUGCGAAGUUUGCCGCACACCGGUGCGUGCUUGCAGCCCGGUCCGCCGUCUUCAAGGCUCAGCUCUUUGGCCCCAUGAAGGAGGGCACAAGUACCAGUGUCAUACAUGUGAACGACAUGGAGGAACAGGUGUUCAAGCAUUUACUUGACUUCAUCAAUAGUGAUUCAGUGCCGGAGCUGGAAACAGAGGAAGAAGACGUGAUGUGGCAGCACUUGCUUGUUGCGGCAGAUAGAUAUGAUCUCCCGAGGUUGAGGCUGAUCUGCGAACAAGAGCUGUGUGACAGCUCCAUCAACACGAGCACAGUCGCGAACAUCCUCGCGCUAGCUGAGGAGCACCAUUGCCUAGAGCUGAAGGAGGACUGCUUGAACUUCCUUGACUGCCCUGCUCAUCUGCAGGACGUGAUGGCGGCCGGCGGCUUGGAACAGCUGGGAAGCAGCUGCCCUUCAGCCCUGAUAGAUCUCAUUGCCAAGCUUGCGUCACUUAAGCAUGAUAACUGACAAGUGAUGGUACUCAUUGUCAUUGGACUUGAGUAAGGUAGAUUGAGCUGAUUGGUGAUGAAGCUAGAAGUGAGUAACCAAAAAGCUACGGGACGAAGAAUGUCUGGGAAUUGGGAAUUUGGGAUCCUGCUGGUCUUUCUUUCCUAAGUUAUAUGAUGCCCUGAGCUUUAAGCUUUUGUUUCUAUUCCGUUGGCUUUUUCCAGGUAGUCAGUCCCUUGUUUCGUAAGGCGCUAGCAUAGUACUAUCGAGGCUUAAACUCCUCAUUUUCAGUAUCUGUUGCGUUUAAGCUGUCUGUUCCAGCUCAAAACCUUUUUGAUUUUACUAUCUUAAU